GAAGCGGUGGUGCGCUCGUCAGCCGAUGAGCCGACACACACACAGACACAGCACAGGACACACGGCCCCCGGUUUCUCCCCGUUGCUGCUGUCCCGCCGGCGUCCAGUCUCGGCGGGGCUCUAGCUGGGGACGCGCCGGCUCGCGCUGUGACCUGGGAGCUCUGGACUCUGGAGGCGCUGCAGGCGGUCGGGCGGGCGAUGGGGUGGGCUUCCUGCUGCAAGCGGUCUGACGGGGCUGAACCUGGCAGGAGGAGGAGGAAGAAGAAGGACACGGCGUGGCGGAUCUUCUCACUCAAGGAGCUCCAGUCAGCGACGAACAAUUUCAAUUACGACAACAAGCUCGGCGAGGGCGGGUUCGGCAGUGUGUACUGGGGCCAGCUCUGGGACGGAUCACAGAUCGCCGUGAAGAGGCUCAAGAGCUGGAGCAACAAGGCCGAAACGGAGUUCGCUGUCGAGGUGGAGGUUCUGGCACGCGUGCGGCACAGGAGCCUUCUAAGCCUGCGCGGGUACUGCGCCGAAGGCCAGGAGCGCCUGAUAGUCUACGAUUACAUGCCGAACCUGAGCAUACACUCUCAGCUCCAUGGGCAGCACGCGGCGGAGUGCAACCUCAGCUGGGAGAGGAGGAUGAGGAUCGCUGUGGACUCCGCGGAAGGGAUCGCCUACCUGCACCACAGCGCGACGCCGCACAUCAUCCACAGAGACGUGAAGGCGAGCAACGUGCUCCUGGACGCCGACUUCCAGGCGCGGGUCGCCGACUUCGGCUUCGCCAAGCUGGUCCCGGACGGCGCGACGCACGUCACCACCAAGGUGAAAGGCACGCUGGGCUACCUGGCGCCGGAGUACGCGAUGCUCGGGAAGGCCUCCGAGAGCUGCGACGUCUUCAGCUUCGGGGUCACGCUGCUGGAGCUGGCCAGCGGGAGGAGGCCCGUGGAGAAGCUGAGCCCCACCGCCGCCGCGAAGCAGACCGUGACGGAGUGGGCGCUCCCGCUGGCCCGCGCCAGGAGGUUCGGCGAGAUCGCCGACCCCAAGCUCGGCGGCGGAUUCGUCGAGGAGGAGCUCAAGCGGGUGGUGCUCGUCGGGCUCGUCUGCGCCCAGGACAGGCCGGAGCUUCGGCCCACGAUGUCUGAGGUCGUCCAGCUGCUCAAGGGAGAGUCUGCUGAGAAGCUCGACAGCCUGGAGAACGACUGCCUGUUCAAGCCUGGUGGUGGCUCGUUCCAGGGCUCGGACUGCGUCGGCGAGGGCGAGGGCGAGGGCGAGGGGAGGAGCCCCGGAGCAGAUGGAGGGAUACAGGAGGCAGUUGAUUCGAGCGAGACAGUUUCCUCAGCAAGCUAGUGUGUGGUAUUGGCAGUAGCUGGUUCCUCAGCAAGACAGCAGCUCCCUGCCUCUGGGAGAAACGUGUGUUGAUCAGUGUAUUUUUUGUGUGGUUAAUCCUUGCUAUUAGCGAGUUAAUUCGGGAGUUUCAUUGCCCAGUUCUCCU